UCUCUCUCUCUCUCUCUCCCACAAUGAGGUCAUUAAGGAUCUUCCUCAUUUUAGCAAUUGCUAUGGCUGCUUUAGCUUUUAGUCUUGCUGCAACACCAACUACUGAUGAAGAAGUAGCAGUACUGGAGGUUGAUGAAGAUGACACAGUUGUAGUUGACAGUAAUUCGGAUGGUGACUUCCCAUUGUCUGGUUUUGGGCAACCAUCUUCCCUCCGAGGGACAAGUCGAUUCCUCACACAAGUAAAUGCUAAAACGACUGUGAUGACUUGUAACAAGUUUCCUAGAGUUUGUCGUUCCAAGGGAAGUGCAGGACCUGAUUGCUGCAAGAAGAAGUGUGUUAAUGUGCUAACAGACAGGCUCAACUGUGGAAUGUGUGGGAGAAAGUGCAGACACCCAGAGAUAUGCUGCGAGGGCGAGUGCGUGAACCCUUUGUUUGACAAGAAGAAUUGUGGCCAAUGCAACAACAAAUGCAACAAAGGGAGCUCCUGUGCAUACGGCAUGUGCAGUUAUGCUUAAACUACUCGUUUAUUUUCUAGCAAUUAAUUAAUUUAAAUUCGUUAUGUAUGUAUGUACACAAUAAAAGCAGGCCAUCCAUCCAU